UUGUUUGUUUUUUAAAACUCUCAUUUAAUCUAUUCUCUUACAAAAGUUAUUUAACUCUAUUCAGCACUGAUAAAACCAGUAGAACAACGAGUAGUUUGCAAAAAUCCCUGCAUAAGCACUUAAUUUUGUCACAUUGUUUUCUCCUAAAUUUUGUCUUAGCAAUUAACCUUGUUAUUAUUUUGAGAUUAAACACAGCAGCACCUUCUUGUUACUGAUUUUGGAAAAGCUGUGAGACAAAGUGUCAGGGGAGAUCCAAGUUCCUUAAUUUAGUCAUACAGCCAAAGGAUGAAGUAAAACAAAAGACAUGUUAAGUAAUAUUUGCAGUAGGUGAUGUGUCUCUGUAAUUGCCUUGAGAUGGCUGCUGUCUUUCAUCAUAUUAAAUGCAUUCGUUGUAUUUAGAUGCAAAGUCACCUCAUCAUAACAGAGAGGAAAAUGAAAGAUGAAAAUGCUUUAACUGCAGCUUGUAAUAGUAGAGGAAGCAAAGGAAGAAUGGAGUCGACAAAGGAAUCUCAUGAUCACAUUCUAUUGGAUAUUCCUGUCACUAGAGAGCAGAUGAAUCGCUAUCGAGCUGCAGCUGAAACUGCUCAAAGUGAACUUGCAGCACUUUCAGUGAAGUAUGAUUGUGCCCACUCAGAGCUUCUUAAACUCAGGUCCAGAAUGGUCUCUAAAGAAGCCUCUUUUCAAGAGCUGAAGUCUGAAGCUGAAAGCUACAAGGAAAACAAUGCUAGGCAGAUGUCUCGCCUCCUGUCUUUGCAAGCCCGAAUUCAGGAGAUGGAAGAAGAAGCGUGUGUGCUCGCCACUUCUAAAAAUCAGGCUGAGCUGAAAGCUCAGGUGGCAUUAAAGGAAAACUUGGAGCUGAAGGAGGAGCUUCAUGAGCAAAAUGCCGAACUUAGUAAAUAUUUGAAAGAGCGUGAAGAAAGCAUGACUCAUGCUUCUAAAAUCAGCAGAAAGUAUGAAGAGCUCCUUACACAGCUUUCUGGAUUAUUGGACACAGACAUCAGAGAAAAAGAGAAACCACAGGAACAUUUAAUGUCAAAGGUCUCUGAAAUAUGUAAAGAAAAUCUGACACUAAAAGACCAGAUUGCUGCUCUUCAAGAAGCUAUCAAUGACCAUGAGAUGGAGUCCAAAGCUAGUAGAGAAACUAUCAUGAGGCUUGUUUCAGAAGUGACCAAGGAGCAGAAGAAGGCAGCAGGAUGCUAUCAAGACAUGGAAAAACUUAGUAAGGAUCUUGACAGUGCUAUAAUAGGGAGACAGAGUUUGGAGAUGGAGAUCAGAAACCUCCAAGAUAAACUGACUGCUAACCAGAAAGCUUUGGAUGCCUCAAAAUGGGAACUGCACAAUCUGAAGAAAUCUUCUAGUGAGCUGGAUGGAAGCUUGAAGAGCAGCAAAGAAGAGGCCAGGACUGCUCAGAGCUCUUUAAUGGCUUUUAAAGAGCAAAUUGCUACCCUACUCAGUGGUGGAUCUGCAAUAGUUAAACCUUCAGAGAAGUCCAUUUUGGAGAGGAUCCAAGAAAUAAAUUGCAAAGAGGAGAGCAAAGAAAUAAUGGUAUCUCAGCUUGAAACCCAGAUAGCUAAAUUGACUGAAGCUUUGGAAAAUCAGACCAAAUUGUACCAAGAAGCUAUGGAGCGGAGCCGGAAAGCUGAAAAAUGUUCUGAGACUUUCCAGGAUCAACUGAAACACUUGGAAGAGGAAUUACUCUCUGUAGAUCUGAUGCAGGAUGGCUUGAAGCUUGAGAAACAAAAAUACCUGAAAUUUCUGGAGCAACUUAAUGAGAAGAUGAAGCUGGAUAGCCUAGCAGCAGAGGUUGGAUUUGAUAUGAAUGUGGAUGCAAUUCUAGCCCGGGUAGAGCAGUUAGUGAAACUGGAAGGUGAUGCAGUGAUUGAAAACAAGACUAUGGCAUAUAGCCUAAGAAGGAAGUUGAAGACUCAGAAAGAAAAACUUGAAAGCAAAGAGCUGCACAUGAACAUUCUGCGGCAGAAAAUAACCCAGUUGGAAGAGGAGAAGCAAGUAAGGACCGCCUUAGCUGUAGAGAGGGAUGAGGCCAAUCUCGCUGUCGGAAAGUUACAUAAGAUGAUAGAGAAGUUACAGAAGCAGCUUGAUCUGGCAAGGGAAACGAACACUGAUCUCAAAGCCAAGCUGUCUGAAACCAAUGAACUUAAGAUUAAAACUUUGGAACAGAACAGAACAAUAGAAGAACUCAAUAAAUCUCAAGGCAAAUUGGAAAGAAUGAAAGAAAUGGCUGAGAAACAACUCACCUCUGUCAAAUCAGAACUUCUUUUAAAGGAGCGUAAAUCUACUGAAGAUAAAGAAAAAACAAAAAAUGUGUUAGAAGCAGUCACCAGUGAGAUGAAGGUGCUUAAAACAACCCUUGCAGAAUUAGCAAAAAGGGAGAGACAGCUGGCAGAUUUCCGAGAGGUAGUCUCGCGGAUGCUGGGCCUCAACAUUGCCAGCCUGGCUCUUCCUGACUAUGAAAUCAUUACACGUCUUGAAGGGUUGAUUCACUUGCAUCAGCACCACUACUUCCCCUGUGUCUGCCUCAAAGAAAUGGCAAGGGCACCAGAGGAACACUCUCAAAGAAACAUACAGCUUCUUCACUGACACGCUUUUUGUAAGGAGACAGAACAAAGUAAAAUUUUCUUUUGUGCCUCCUUACCUGCUAGACGUGUAGAAAGCAGAUAUUUCUGUUCCCUUUGCUACAGACACUAAUUUGGGCUGAUUUUUAGUGUUUCAGUAAGGAUAGUGAGUUGAAUGGAUCAAGUAAACCCAGCAGCCUAGAGAUAGCAAACAGAAAAUCCCAGGGCAGCAUAAUAGUGAAGUUAUGAAAAUGACAGACAAUAUGUGAAUAAUGUAUAGCCCUCCAGCUUCAUUGCAGAGGUGUUGAAAGCAUGGGGCACUCAAGGUCAGUUUUGGGAAGUGCUUGCGAAUGAAUGGCAGCUUCAGUGACAUUCCUCGUGCUUUAUCUUUGGGUGACAGGGAUGAAAUGAAAUGUGGGUUGUCCUGCUGCUGCUCCUCUUGCAAAAUGGGAUGUCUCUGCAUUUUUACUUAUAAAGGAGUUUGGCUUCAAGACAGUUAGCUGGCAGUUAGACAGAGGACUAUCACCAUUUUGAAGCAAGGGCUUUUUGUUUUUAAUUUUUAAUUCUGUUGUUUCCUUAGUCUGCUCUUGUGCCAAAACAAAAAAUAAUGCUUUUUCAGCAAAGGCUCUUGCACAGGGCCCAGUCAUGCACCUGAUGUAGAUACUUUGGGUAAAAUUGCAUGUUGUCCCUGGUCAUGAUGUCUUGAAAAUUCUUCUGGCUGCUGUAUUCCUUGAGCAUUAAUCCGUAUGCCAAAUAAGUGGCAGUCUUCCGAGUUAAUAAAAAGUUAUUUUAGAAUGCAUAUCUGCUACAAAAAAUAAUUGAAUUACUAAAGUCUUUAUUUUCAGAAAAGCAAUGAUAAGGUGCCCAGAACUACCUCUUAAUCAUAGAAGCUUCUUGUCUAUCACCUUUUCUGAGUGUUGUUAAACUUCAUGAUUUUCUUUUAAAGAAACUUGAACAAUAAAUUUUAGCAGCACACACAAACAUGGUUCUGUGUUUUUGCUUGUCUCUUCCCAUUAUAUGUUUUGUAUGGAUGUGUAAAGAAGACGUACCUAUUUAUGUCUGACCAUUUGUGGACUUUCUACAGUAUCACAGCAAAUGAUAGCCAACUCACUAAAACUGAGCACACUGUUUCAAGAAAAAUAAGACUUUUUCAAUGCUGUAUCCUGCUGCUCGUGACCAGCCAUCGCACCAAUAGCGAAGUUCCAGCUCCACAGCAGAAACCACCAACAAAGUUCUCCAAAUUACUUCAGAGGAAGCAGGUUUUCACAUAGAGUUGUUAGCUGCAGAGCUUAAUUGCUGUUUUGCAUGUUAAGCCAACAGAGAUGGCGGGGAGUAGAAUAAGGGUUUUCUAAUGAUGUUCUUCAAGGAAUAUGACCUCCUAGCUCACUAUUAGUAUUCCCUGUAUUUGCUUUACUUUUGGAAGAGUACUGACAUCUUUGUCCAUUUAGCCAAAGCAAACAAAUAAAAAUGUAAAGAAGUAAUUUGA